AAAGGAGGGUUCCCCAGGGAGGACAGCCCUACAGAGAAACGAUCAGGGUGAUAUUGCAUCUCCAGUCCUCAGGGAUAGGCAACGAAGGCUCUUCUUUUGGGCUUAGUCUUCCAUUGCCUGUAAGAGAGAAGGAGUCUCUGGGUGGUACAGACGGUUAACAUGCUCGUCUGCUAACCUAAAGGUUGGAGGUUCCAGUUCACCCUGAGGGUGCCACAGAAGAAAGGCCUGAUGACCUGAAAAAUCAACCAUUGAAAGCCCAACCGUACAGGGUCACCAUGAGUCAGAAUCCACUGGAUGGCAACUGGUGUCUUAUCAUAGAGAUUGGAGGGAAUUUACCUAUUCGUUUUUGACAAAUACUAAAAAGUACCUACCAUGUGCCAGGCACAGUUUCGAGCCCAGGGCACAUCAGUGAAAAAGAGAAGGAAAAAAAAUAUCUCUGCUCUUAUAGAGCUUAACAUUUUAGUGGGAGGCACACAGUUAACUGAAGUGCCAUGGAAAAACUAAAGGAGGGAAGGGAAUAGAGAAUGCUCAGGGUGGGAGUUACAGUUUUACUUAGGGUGGUCAGGGAUUACCGCACUAAGGUGAAAGACCUAAAGGAGGUGAGGCAAGGAGCUAUGCAAAUUAUCUGGGAGGAAGAGUUUCCAGAAGGAAGAGCAAGGAUAGAGGCCCUAAGGUGGGAACAUACCUGGUGUCUUUAGGGAACAAAAGAAAGCCAGUUGGAUGGAUUAGAGUGAGCAAGAGGGAGAGAAGUAGAUGAGGAGAAAAAUUACAGUCAGGAGGAGCAGAUUAUGUAGGGCCUUGUAAGCCAUUUUAAAGAUUUUAGCCUUUAGUAUGAAUGAAAUAGGAAGUCAUUGGUGAGUUUGACAGAGCCUGGCUUAAGUUUUAAAAGGCUCACUCUGGCAGCUGUAUUGUUGAAUAGGCUUGGGAAGAGGUGGCAAGAGCAGAAAUUGGGAAACCUUCUGCAGUAAUCCAGGGGAAAGAUGAUGGUAACUUCAUCUAGAUUGGAAACAAUGGAAAUGGUGAGAAGUGUUCAGAUUCUGGAUUUUUUUGAAGGUUAAGAAAUUUUGCUGAUGGUUUGGAUUGGAUUAUGGGGUUUGAGAGGAGUCAUGGACGAUACCAGUGUUUGGUUUAAGCAACUGGGACUGUCAUUUACUGACAUGAGGAAGAUCUUCAAAGAGGAAGAUAACCAGGAGUUUGGCUUUGAACAUAUUAAGUCUGCUAUGCCUGUUAGACAUCCAAAAGGAGAUGGCAAGUAGGCAGUUAGAUAGCUGAGUUGGAGGUUCCAGGAGAGGUCCAGACUGGAAGUGUACAUUUGGAGGAUGUCAGUGUGGGAAUGGAGCUAAGAAAAUGCCACUUGACAUGUUCCCUUCCCUGUGGUCCAGUCCUUACCCUGGCAAGUUUUAGGCCUCCUUGAAUUUAGAGAAAGCUGAGUUGGCCAGGGCUUUGUAAUUCUGUAAUCAGGAUUACAAAUAUCAGCAACUAAAAAUAAAAGAAGUUGGGCUCUUCUUUGUUCUUGGAAAUGGCUGCAGAGACUGUUAACUAUCCAGAACUGCUCCCAUACUCUCCAAGAAAGGAAGUAAGGAAGGAAUAGGAGGUGGGAGAUGAAAGUAAAGCAACCUGUCCUCUCCCGUCUAAAAAUGGCUAACAUUUAUCCUUGUUCCCCCACAGUGUUCCAGAAGGAAGUGUAUCUUCAUACAUCACCACACCUGAAAACAGAGCCUGACCCAACAGCAGAGAUGGAAGCUGAGUCAUUGUCUUUCUCCUUUGGGACACUGUCCAGCUGGGAGCUAGAAGCUUGGUAUGAGGACCUACAGGAGGUCCUGUCCUCAGAUGAAAGUGGGGGCACGCAUGUCUCACCCCCGGCAAACGAGAAGGAAGAAUCAAAAACUUUCACCACUCUUGACCCUGCCUGUCUGGCUUGGCUGACUGAGGAGCCAGGACCAGCAGAGGUUACAAGCAGCUCCCAGAGCCCUCAGUCUCCAGAUUCCAGUCGGAGCUCCCUGGCUCAGGAGGAAGAAGAGGAAGACCAAAGAAGACCAAGGAAGCGGAAACAGAGUGGCCAGUCCCAGGCUCGGGCUGGGAAGCAACGCCUGAAGGAGAAAGAACAGGAGAACGAGAGGAAAGUGGCACAGCUAGCAGAAGAGAACGAACGGCUGAAGCAGGAAAUUGAGCGCCUGACCAGGGAAGUAGAGGCGACUCGCCGAGCUCUGAUUGACCGAAUGGUUAACCUACACCAAGCAUGAACAAUUGGGACCAUCACUUCCCCCACAGGCCGUUACCUGCCUUUCCCAAAAGUGGCUACUGACCACCUCUCACCAGUGCCAAUGUGACCCUCAACCCCUCAUAUUCAGUAAGGGGGAAGGUUUGGGGUAGACAAAAGGAAAGGGUCUCAGCUUUGUAUAUAGAGAUUGUAUAUUUAUUUAUUACGGUCCGUAUCCAUUAAAGGGACUUUCUGUGA